AUGUUGCCAGCCAAAUCCGCCGCCCUCUUCUCGAUCGCGGUCCUGCUCAUCUCGGUCGCCGCCUCGCCGAUCCAGGAAGGCGGGCGUGUCGACGACGCAGUCCUGCCUCUGGGAGCUGCGCGGGGUCAGUUUGGCGCCAUCUCACCUCCCACGACGGCCCAAGCCUCAUGGAGACCGUGGGUCGGCCCUGACGAGACUCGCCCGCCUUCCACUGGACUGGAACGUCCGUCGAUGUCCCGCGAUCCCGAACGCCUGCCAGCUCCGAUGCUCAACGCCAAGGCCGACUUGUCGCUCCCUUCUCAGUCGUCCAACCGACUUCCCGCCGAUCCGUUCGCCAUGGGCUAUCGCGUGCAGGUGCCCGGCUCGCUGUCGUCUCCGGAGAUGGCCGCGUUCGUGGACAGGCUUCCCAGCCGGCAGCCGGAGCAGGACCUCAUCCGCCCCGUCAACUUUGCCCUCGAUAACGGAAAGAAGUGGGAAGCGCGACAGGCGAAGCGAGUGGCGGCGUACCACUAUGUCGCCAGCCAGGCCACCAACGAGGAGCGCGAGGCGUGGUCCAACCUCUACCGCUCCCUCAAGGAAAGCGGCCGGACGCCGACCGAUGCCCAGAUUUCCGAGUUCGUCGAGGGCCUGGACCGCGCGCAGAGGGCCAAGCUCUUCCGCUCCGCCCUUUCCUUCCGAGCCGUAUCGAACCUGGCCCGCUCCGACGACAAGCGCAGCGGAUGGAUCUGGCCGCACAAGACUAGCCCGACAGCACGGUUCCAGCUACACCCGGUCUCGGGCAAGGACGAGGAGGGCCUCAACGCUUUCCUGGGCAAGGUCGUCGGCCGCAUCGGAGAGAUGGACGGGCUCAAGCUGCCCACGUUUUCCCUCGGUCACCUUGGCGACAAGGCAAAGGCCCGAUCGCUCCCGCUCCUCCGUGCCGUUCCUCUCCGUCGCCGCCGCUAA